AUGGACGAGGACAACGAGGAAAUCAAUUUUCCUUUAUGGAAGACAGUAGCUGUUGUAGCUGUAAUCAUCGGUUCGCUUGGGGUGACAUACCCAAAAUUCAUCCAUCCUAUGGUGUUAUUCAUGUUUGGCGCACAUAACCAGGCUUCUCCUGUUGUUCCAGAACCAGUGUUUCCCGCUCAGAAACCUCAUGGCGCUCCGCGUCGACAUGGUGAAAGUUUCGAACCGAACCGACACCACGUCCCGCCACCGCCACCAAUGUUUCCUGGCCCGGCAGCCACCGGCCGUUCUGGCAAAGGUGUGUGGAGCUCUCUGUUGCCUGUUUACACCAUCGGAGUGAUCGUCUUCUUGUUGUAUACAGUAUCCAAGAUCAUUUGGAAACAACCUGAUCGUAACGUUCGCUUUCCGGAAUUCCACUACAACGCCGAAAGUGACGGCUUUGAAAUGGGUCCUUCACCGCCAUACAGACGAGACGAGAAGCUGUUGCGAGGAAUGAGUCGCGAAGAACUGCACAGCCUGCAUAAUCGGUUGACGGAGACGGAAACGUCCUUGAAGCGCAUACUGAAAUAUCUGGAACAGAUCAAUGAUUUUUCAGACAGUGCCACGGCGGAAAAUCUUAAGUUUAUGACAAAGAAUACGUUGAACGAUUUGGAAGAUAUCUGCAAGAAAGAGGUGCGCCAUACUAGCAGUUCUGAAGCACUGUCCAACGAUCAACCUGAACCAUAUAUGCAAGAUCUGGAAGCUGCACUAUCCGGUUUCAAGCAGUUCACCGAUAGCUAUAUGCGAGCACAUCAUCAAACAGUGGAAUCAGCGGCAGUGACUGACCUCGAUGUGCCGCAAGGCGAAGACUCGCCCGAUGGGCUAUCUCGCAACUUCGACUAUGAGAGGGUAGAACGCAAGGAACGAAAAUGCUUCGAACAGAAUCCCUCUGGCAAUCACAUCAAUCAUGAAGGUUCAUUUUCUAACUCGCCCAAUGGCUUUUUUCAAUCUCGAGCUUUGGUCACCGGUGAUGGGUCAGCAAAUGAACUGCGAAUCAGGAAGAAAAACCAGUAG